GCUGCUCCAAAGUAACAUGCAUCAGUUUGACUCGCGAAGCCUCCAUCAAGCUGUCUCCCUUACACGGGAAACAAAUCUCCAUUCGCUACUUGGACAUGACAGACUGCUUCGUCCUGGAGGACGAAGGACUGCACACCAUUGCCGCUCACUGCACUCAACUCACCCACCUGUACCUGCGCCGCUGUGUCCGCAUCACCGACGAGGGUCUCCGCUACCUGAUGAUUUACUGCACGUCCAUUAAGGAACUGAGCGUGAGCGACUGUCGCUUUGUCAGUGACUUCGGCAUGCGGGAGAUAGCCAAGCUGGAGUCGCGCCUCCGAUACCUUAGCAUCGCUCACUGCGGCCGGAUCACAGACGUGGGCAUCCGUUACAUAGCCAAAUACUGCAGCAAGCUGCGCUACCUCAACGCGCGGGGCUGCGAGGGCAUCACGGACCACGGUGUGGAGUACCUCGCCAAAAAUUGCACAAAACUUAAAUCGCUAGAUAUUGGCAAGUGCCCUCUGGUCUCAGACACCGGCCUGGAGUUUCUAGCCCUCAACUGCUUCAACCUGAAGCGCCUGAGCCUGAAAUCAUGUGAGAGCAUCACUGGGCAGGGCCUGCAGAUUGUAGCUGCCAACUGUUUUGACCUGCAGAUGUUGAAUGUGCAGGACUGCGACGUCUCUGUGGAUGCUCUGCGAUUUGUUAAACGACAUUGCAAGCGCUGUAUUAUAGAGCACACCAACCCUGCCUUCUUCUGAAAGGACACCCCGCACCUGUCGUUACAAUGCAGUAUUAAAAACACUGAUGUAUAAACACACGCUCCCAUAUUCAGUAAUGCUGUCUUUUCUAUAGCUCACGGGAGUCAGCUUUUCUUGUAUGUUGUGGGUGAGGGGGGUUUCUAGAGGACUAUUUUGUUUGCUUUUUGUAUGAUCACUUUUUAAGGUGUGGUGGGUCUCCAUGCAGAGGCUGCCUUAAUGCGAAAGCAAUGAGUGCUCAGCAUCCCCGGUGGGGUGCCAUUUCCAUAAUAGCCGUGAUCUUGUCCCAGGCUACAGUAGCUACCUCCAAAGGAAAUAGCACAUAAUCCCUCCUUUGGAAAUGCUACUAAGCUGUGUCAAAUACAUCUGAAUUCCAGCUGUGCUCAUGAAGCUGACUAUGCAAUAUGUGUCUGUGUUCCCCCAACUUCUUCCAAUAUGGCUGAUAAAGCAUUCCCUUGUCUCCAAGUACUUUCUCUUUGGUAUUCAAGCAUUGUAGUCCCUCAGGAAAUACUGGGUAAUGUUCUUAAACAUACUUGAUUGAGGCAGAAUAAGAUCUGCUGGCCAUUGCCAAGCACUCUGCUGAGUGAAUCUGGAAAUUCUGUCCAUGCAUGGAUUCUCUUGGAAAGCCCACCUCCAGGUCACUUGUGCAUC